AUGAAAUGUGCAGAUGAUAGUAAAGCUGUAGUUUGUGAUGAACGACCGUUUGAGCUAUAUGGCAAUACAGUGUGGAAGCCAUGCUUAUUCGGCUAUAUUUGCAUUAAAAAAUAUGAAUAUGUUAACGAAUUUCGACGUUGUAGUGAAUUAAGUGAAGAGUUUAGUCCGAUUUUUUGUAACAGUGCUUAUGAAUAUCCACGGAAUUUUAAUUGUGAUUUCUACAAUAAAUUUGCUUGUCAACGUGGCAAGCGUUAUAUCUAUUCAUGCAUUUGUACCAACGGUCAUCGAAAUGCGUAA